AUGCCGGGCGGCUGGGAAAUCUACUCGGGCCUGAUGCUGCCGUUCUAUGAUCUUAUGAUUCACUGGUUCAAUAAUACUUAUGUGUGGCGGUGCCCCUUAUCAGUCCUUAGCGCCUUCUUUGCGGCAAAUACCGGACCUCGCCAUAUGGACAUUGGUGUAGGAACCGGGCUCUUCCCUGCACAGUAUCGCGAGCAAAUGCGGCAGAGAGACCAAGACUGGCCUCAGAAAUUGGCCCUUGUCGACAUGAAUCCUUCGUGCCUGCAAAAGUCUGCCGCGCGUAUCGACUGUCCAAGCAAGACCGAAUGUGUGCAGGCUAAUGUCUUCGAGCCAUUCACCAUACCAGCCGGGCAAGGAACCCUCGAUGCAGCAUCCAAGUUUGAUUCCAUAUCUUUGAUGUACCUGCUGCAUUGUCUGCCUCCGCCAAUAGAACACAAGAUCACGGUGUUUGCGAACCUAAAACAUCACUUGAUUCCGGAAGGGACUCUGUUUGGUGCCACUAUCCUGGGUUAUGGAGCACACCAUCACCUGCUGGGGCGUUUGACGAUGCGCCUCUACAACUGGAAAGGCAUAUUUGGAAAUGCUGAUGAUAGCCCAGAGGCAUUUGUCAAGGCCCUGGAAGAUGAGUUUGAGGAGGUUGAGACCCAUAUUGUGGGUGUGGCGCUGCUCUUUCGGGCUCGUAGACCCCGGUUGGCGUUAGCCUGA